UAAGGAACUGGCACGAUGUGCAGAUUUUUGGAUCCUCAGAAUUGCAUCUUAUCUAUUUAAUCGGGAAGGAGAAAGAGGAUCACUUACCACAAGCUAUAGUACCUACCCCAGUAAGCACUUCAUACAGUAGUCAAGGUGUCCCACAAUGUUGGUCAUCGUCUCGCGGUACUGGCAAGGCUUAAUAAACCCUUAAUAGAAAUGUUUUUACCAAUCAGUCAGUCUGGAGCUGACUGAGGAAAACAUGGGAUGUGCUUCAGCAAAGCAUGUAUCUACAGUGCAAAAUGAGGAGGACGUCCAGAACGGCAAAAAUUACCAGAAUGGAGAUGCGUUUUGUGAUGAAUACAGAAUUAAGCCCGUUGAAGAAGUCAAGUACAUGAAAAAUGGGGAAGAGGAGGAAGAAAAAAUUGUUUCACUGAACCAAGAAAACCUGGAGAAAAGCACCACCCACAAUAUCCGACCUAAAAUGAAUAACGAAGUUGCUGGACCAGGUCAUCAUCAUCGAAUAAACAUACACAUUUCUGAAAGCCAACAGGAAUUUUUCAGACUGCUGGAUGAAAAAAUUGAGAAGGGUCGUGACUACUGUUCAGAAGAGGAGGAUAUAACAUAGUUUCAAGUCUUCCAAAUAAAACGUGUAAAUAUCUUGUGAAAGAUCCACUGGAGACUUUCAAUAAUGCAAUGCACGGCAAAUGGAUCUAGUGUAAUAUGGCCGUGAAAAUGCAGUAUUCAAAUGAACUAUGAACUUUAAACAAUAUGGCUGCUGACUUUAAAACUGUAUCUCUGCAUAUGAUCAUUAGCCUGGGUCUCUUAAUACAAACCGUCUGUCGUAGAAGGAAGAACCUGGCUGAUUAUGGUAGGAAUUUGUGUAUUUUCGAAUUUGCAUCUUGGACACAUAACCCCUUCCAAGGCAGCAGACUCUGUAAUGUAUUGCUCAUCAAGGGGGUUAAUAAAUGGAUUUAUGAGGUAGAAAAGAAUGGUAUUUGCAAACAAGCUAAUGAGUACAUUACAAUAGAUUCUUUCUGUUUGUAUCUCACAUAUUUUAGGAACUGGUGCCUAUGUAAGUAGUGGAGGGUUUUAUUGAUGACAUAUGUGACAUUGGAGGCCACCACUCAUUCUGUUUGCACAUACAAGUGUCUGCGAUCAUUUAAAGCUUUUUCUUUUUUCCUUUUCUACCAAAAUAAACUAUGUUGAGUUUUUAGAUUUGUGUUUCAUUGUGUGUGUGUGUGUAUUUUUUUUAUUUUUUUAAUUUUGCUCACAAUUUAUAGCACAGGUGUCAGUUUUUUAAUGAUUACAAAAAGGGUGGACUUUAAAUAUUUCUUUGCUUUUUGAAAACAAAUCAUCUAUAAGAUGUGUGUCUGUUUGUGUGUGUAUAUAUAUAUAUAUGUAUGUGUGUGUAUAUAUAUAUAUAUAUAUAUAUAUAUAUAUAUAUAUAUAUAUAUAUACUCAUACGUUCAAACACAUGUAAAAGGCAUCACUGGUAAAAAAAUAUUUUAAAAAUUUAGAUAUGCUAAUGUUUACCAAUGUUAAUAUGAAUUAUUUGAGCAGCCCAUCAUUUUAAACUGAGUUUUGUGGAGUGCCUCAACAUCUGUGUGUAUGUAUGUAUAUAUUUACAUUUUACUUUUUUAAUGUGAAUAUAAACAAUUUUGUAUAUAAAUUGGAAAUGACAUAUUGAGGAAUUUUCUAAUUUUGUGUGUCUGUACAAUAUAUAUAAGCACACACAAUAAAAAAGUCUAAACACACUUAUGAAAUGUAAAGACGGAAAUGACAACAAUGUAAAUGUUAGAUUUUUCCAUCUGUAAUGUGAUCUUCCAACAAACAAAAAUCCAGAUGAAAAAAAAACCCAAUUAGUUAGAAAAUGUUUAAUAACAAAACAAAUGAUAACACCCUGAUUGCAUAAGUCUGCAGACCUCUCCAACUAAUAUUUAGAGAAAGCACCUUUUGCAUUUAUUACAGCAGUAAGUCUUUGUGAAAACGUCUCUAUUUACUUUGCGCAUCUAGACUUUGGUAUUUUAACCCCUCUCUUCUUUACAAAAAAAGUUCAAGUUCCUUCAAAUUGCAAGGGGAUCUCCCAUGUACAGCUCUCUUUAGGUCAUUCCAUAGGUUUUCAAUGGGAUUGAGAUCUGGAUUCUGACUGGGCCAUUCCAAGACUUUGAUUUUCUUUUUCUGAAACCAUUUCCUGGUUGACUUAGAAGUGCUUUGGGUCAUUAUCAUGUUGGAAGGGGAAAUUCCUAUUCAUCAUCAGCUUUCUGACAGAGGCCAUCAGGUUUUUUGAUAUUUGGAGCUAUUCAUUAUCUCAUCAACUUUGAAAAGAGCCCCCGACCGAGCUAAAGAGAAGCAGAUCCAACUCAUGAUGCUACCAUCGCCGUGCUACAAAGCUGGUAUGGUGUUCCUUGGAUGAUAAGCUUUAUUGGCUUUGCGCUAAACAUAUCUUUUACAAUUUAGGCUGAAAAGUUCAACAUUUGUCUCUUCAGACCAUAGAAUAUUUUCCAACAUAGUUUGGGGUGACUAAAUGAAACUUUUUUGCAUAAUCUAGACGGGUUUAAUAAUCCUUUUUGUAAGAAAAGAUUUACGCCUUGCCACCCUACCCCAUAGCCCAGACGUACAGAAUACGAGAGAUGGUGGUCACAUGCAAAUAGUAACCGGUGCCUGCCAGAAAUUUCUGUAGCUUAUUCAGUGUUGCUGUUAGCCUCUUGGUCUCCUUAGUCGUCCUCUCAUCAACUUUAGAGGUUGGUCCUGAUCUUUUCCGCAUUUUCUCCACUUAUUGAUGAUGGUUUUGACAGUGCUCCAUGGAACAUCCAGUGCCUUUGAUAUUGUUUUAUAUCCAUCUACUGAUUUGGUGUUUUUCAACAAUUAGCUCUUGCACUUACUUGGGCAACUCUUUGAGCACUAUGGCUCUACCAGUAGGAUAUACCCCCAAACAUUCAAGCAAAUCCUACAGCAACAGCUGACUCUAAUCUAGGUUUGAUCAGAAUCACUUUCAUUGAUGGCAGUUGCUAUUUACCUAUUGGCAUGAUUUAGAAAAGGGGUCAGCAACCUUGGCACCCCCAGAUGUUUUGAAACUACAUUUCCCAUGAUGCUCAGACACACUUUAGGCUGGUGGAGUAUCAUGGAAAAUGUAGUUCUGAGGAGCCAAGGUUGCUGACCCCUGAAUAAGAAUGUGAUUAACUGUGAACACAACUAGAGCCCAAUUAGAAAGGGUGUGCCUUUUGUUUUUAAAAUGUAUCUAAUAGUAUUUUUUUUCAUUUUGGAUUUUUGUUUGUUGGAAGAUCACUUUACAGAUGGAAAAAAGUUUAUACACUCUUAUAUCUAUCUAUUUAUACACACACACACACACACACAACAUUUUAGUGCAAUCUGAUUUUCCUUAGAUGGCAUAUACCCUUGUGUGUGUGUAUAUAGAUAUUACACAUAUACACAGUAGUGGUUUGUAUACAUUGGAAUAAAUGCUUCCUACUUGUUCAGAUUAUACCGUUAAAGGUCUAUUUUAAUUGUUUGAAUUCCCCAACUGUCUUUAAAAAGUCACAGAAAAGGUUCUUGUAUGUUUUCAUCGAUUUGAGGGAAAGACACUAUUCAGGUAGAAGUUGGACUAUGUGGUGAGUCAUACAGAAUUAGUGUGAUCCAUGGCAGGUAAUGUUUUCUGAUAAACCAAUAUCGUAGUCAAAAUUUUGUACAGGGUAAAUGGUGAAAAAAAUAUAUAUAUUUUUAGAAAUGUCUAGUUUUUUAAUUUAAAAAAUUGGAACAAUAUUUUGUCAAACCAAAAUUGUUAACGGACAGGAAUAUAAAGGAGUUGGGUUCCUGUAUACUCCAACUAUUUUUUUAUUUUUCAUUGAUUUCAUUAUAUUUAUUUAUUUUUAAUUAAACUUUUAUUUAAGAAAAAAUAAUAAUUAUAAUAAUUUCUUCUUGAAUAUUUCUGCCAGUAUUUCACCUUUAAAAAUAUUCCCAUUUAUAUGUUCUUAAAGGGACAUGAAACCCAAACUUUUAAUUUCAUGAUUUAGAAAGAACAUGCAAUUUUAAACAACUUUCCAAUUUACUUCUAAUAUCUAAUUUGCUUCAUUCUCUUGAUAUCCUUUGUUUAAAAACAUAUCUAAAUAGGCUUAGUAGCUGCUGAUUGAUGGCUGCACAUAGAUACCUCCUGUGAUUGGCUCACCCAUAUGCAUUGCUAUUUCUAUAACAAAGGAUAUCUUAAGAAUGAAGCAAAUUAAGUUAGAAGUAAAUUGGAAUGUUUUAAAAUACAUUCUCUAUCUGAAUCACUAAAGAAAAAUAUUGGGUUUCAUUCACUACUUUUUACCAACUACAGUGAAAAUGUACACAUUGUCGCUUUGUGUAGAAUUGAAAAUAUUAGUCAAGUUAAGGGAUUGACUUAAGUUCUGCUAACAGGGCAAACCAAAUUUGCUUAGUUCUCAUGGUAUUCUUUGUGGAAGAUCAUACAAAGGUAGGUUACAUGCAUACGUCUGCAGCACUGUUGGCAGACGUUUGUGCUGCCACCUAGUGUUCUUGUAUAACAUUUUUAAAAGCAUUCUAGCGAAACUGCUGCAAUAUAGUGCUUAAGACAUGCGCAUGCUCUUGAGCCUAACUACAUACUUUUCAACAAAGGAUUACCAAAGGAACAAAGUCAAUUUGAUGAUAGAUUUUUUUUUUCUUCUAUCUUAACAGUCGAGAAUAAGUGUGCGUUUAAUUUACCUCAAUACAAUUUGUUACCGUCUUUUAUCCAACACAAAAAUAAAUCUGAAUAUGAAAUUUGAAAAAUAAACAAGUAUUUUGUGAGUCCAAAGGAAGUCAUUGAAUUUGGUGAUUUAAAUGAAUUAAUUGUAACCCUUACAUUUAGUAUAUGGUAACCUAAUAAUAGUCAUUACGCUGUCACCUCAUUCUAAAGAUAUUCUUGUAAUGUUUUGUACUACAAUCUUGCUUUAUUUUGAAUACUCUGUACAAAAUGUAUUGUAAACUUGCACUGUGAUAUUUUAAUUUUAAUAUUUUUUUUAACUGAAGAAAAUAAUGAGAUUUAUGUACAGCUCUAUACAUCAUCUAAGAACAACACAAAUAAAUGUAUUCCGUAAAAUAAAAAGAAAAAUCUCAUUGACGAA